AUGCGGUCAUCCGUAUCCUUCCUCUCGUUGAUCGCUUUGACCACCUUAUCCGUCCCGGCGAUAGCUUCGAACUACUCCGAUACGACUUUUGUCUCUAGCUCCUUCUCUAUCCUUGAUGAUCGGCCCCCAAACUGCCCUCCAUGCUUCAACUGUCAGCUCGACAAGUACGAUUGCACCCAUUUCUCUCCAUGCAACAGCUUCACCGGCAAAUGUACCUGCCCAUCGGGCUUCGGUGGUGAUGAUUGCGCAGCCCCAGAAUGUGGUGCCCUAUCCGAUGGUACGAAUCGACCCAUCCGUGAAGGUGAUACUUGCGAGUGCAAGGAUGGCUGGGGUGGUAUCAACUGCAACGUCUGCCAAAACGAUAACGCCUGUGACGCCAUGAUGCCAGAAGGAAAGGAUGGAGUUUGCUACAAAGAAGGUGUUACUGCCAAGGAGAACUUCCAGAUGUGUGAUGUGACCAACCGGAAGAUUCUCGACCAGCUAGGUGAUCGGAAGCCGCAAGUGACCUUCUCGUGCAAAGACGAUGAUAAGUCCUGUAAUUUCCAAUUCUGGGUCGAUCAGGUUGAGUCUUUCUAUUGUGGUCUGGAUACUUGUGACUGGAACUUGAAGAGUGAAGUCGAUUCCAACACGACUAGCUAUCGGUGUGAGAAUGUCGAGUGCAAAUGUAUCCCCGGCCGGUUCCUGUGUGGCGAGAAUGGAUCCAUCGAUCUCAAGGAUUUCUUAGCCCAACUGAUCAAGGGUCCGGCGACUUUUUCCACCAAGGCUACUCGAGAUGGCAGCAGCAGCGUCUUCUCGGAGCCCCAAAUGAACACUCUGAUCAGCGGCGUCUUUGGUGAUCCCAGCAUUUUCUUAUCCUGUGACUCUGGAGAAUGCCUUUACAAGACGAACAUUCCAGGCUACGAGCGUCCGGUCAAGACAAUCAAUACUCCGCUCAUUGCAGGCGUGAUCGCUGGCUGCGCACUCUUCGUUGUGGCAGCGAUCUUGAUCGUCUGGUAUCUUUCUCGCCGUGCCGCACGCCACAACUAUACUCGCCUCUCUCUGUCCGAUGAUUCGGAUGAUGAGACCGCAAGGCUACUUGCCGAGCACCGACCGGCUGCGCUUUACUGGGACAAUGUGUCGUAUCACCUCAACGGUAAGGAGAUUCUCUCUGGCAUCCAGGGUGCAUGCACUCCCGGGCAGAUCACUGCAAUCAUGGGAGCAUCGGGAGCUGGUAAGACCUCGUUCUUAGAUAUUCUGGCACGGAAGAAUAAGCGAGGUGCCGUUUCAGGCAACUUUUACGUGAACGGCGAGAAAAUCGACGAUGGUGACUUCAAAACCAUGACUGGAUUCGUUGACCAAGAGGACACCAUGCUACCGACCUUGACUGUUCACGAAACGAUCCUUACAAGCGCUCUUCUGAGACUGCCGCGGGAUAUGAGUCGGGCGGCGAAAGAACAGAAAGUCCUGGAAGUCGAGAAACAACUUGGUAUUUCCCACAUCAAGGACCAAAUGAUCGGCUCGGAAGAGGGCAACGGCCGUGGGAUUUCUGGCGGUGAGAAGCGCCGUGUUGGCAUUGCUUGUGAGCUGGUCACCAGCCCUAGCAUUCUCUUUCUGGAUGAGCCCACUAGCGGAUUGGAUGCUUUCAACGCUUUCAACGUGGUUGAAUGCUUGGUCACUCUGGCUAAGACCUACAACCGCACUGUCAUCUUUACUAUUCACCAACCUCGCUCGAACAUCGUCGCUCUUUUUGACCGAUUGAUUCUUCUUGCCGAGGGUCGCGCCGUCUAUUCGGGUCUUUUCUCUUCAUGUCAACAAUAUUUCGACGAAGUCGGAUACUCUUGCCCGGCUGGCUUCAACAUUGCCGACUAUCUGGUGGAUCUUACCAUGCACGCCAGUGGUGCGCAUUCUAAUGGUUCCUAUGAAGUGUAUAUCGACGAAAGCGAACGACUAGAUGGGCAGGCAGGUCCGCCCAAAACAGCCUCAAGCAGUUUGAGAGCGGUCAAGUCCGUCGCCAGCGUGUCCAACGUCAGUUUCGAAGACAAUUCUAGCAGCGCUGCGGAGCAGACACGGAGACCGAAGCACAAACGACGCAUUUCAGUGAAGCAGCAGCAGGAACGCCAGCUGUUCUCACGACGCAAAGACGAUCGCCCGACCACGCCCAAGACCGAUGAAGAAGAUGCAACCCUAGAAGCCUCUGAUGCCCAGCAAUGGCUGCGACUUUCCCGCCAGAAACAGGGCCAAGUUCCUCCUCAAAUCCUCGAUGACCCCGACCAACUUCCGCCACCGGCUCCUGGUACAUCGGAUCUUGACAUCCUCGUUGCCAGCUAUGCUGACUCGGAUGUGGCCCGAUCGAUUCAUGAAGAGAUUGUUGCUGCGGUUCGGAGCGCACAAGCCGCCAACGGCUCGACUAACUCCCAUCUCGCUGGCGAGACAGGAUCGCAACCGAAAGGCUUUGCUCGUGUCAGCUUGACGCGGCAAUUCCUUAUUCUGUCUCAACGCACAUGGCGCAACCUAUACCGCAACCCGAUGCUGAUGCUCACACAUUACGCUAUCGCCAUCCUCUUGGCUGUGCUAUCAGGCUUCCUCUUCUAUGGCCUAACCGAUGAUAUCAAGGGUUUCCAAAACCGCCUCGGUCUAUUCUUCUUCAUCCUCGCACUGUUUGGUUUCAGCACUCUGACUAGUUUGACGGUCUUCUCAUCCGAGCGACUCUUAUUUGUCCGGGAACGUGCCAAUGGGUACUAUCACCCAGUGACCUACUUUGCCGCCAAGGUUGUGUUUGACAUUGUCCCUCUGCGACUUAUCCCGCCCAUUAUCAUGGGCGUGAUCAUUUAUCCGAUGACGGGAUUGAUCGCUGCCUGGCCGGAGUUCCUGCAUUUCAUGCUGGUUUUGGUCCUGUUCAACUUGGCGGCCGCUAAUAUCUGUUUGUUUAUUGGUAUCAUCAUCCGCGACGGUGGUGUGGCCAAUCUGGUUGGCAGUCUGGUGAUGCUCUUCAGCUUGCUUUUCGCCGGUCUGCUUCUGAAUCACGAUGCUAUCCCUAGCUCUGCUUUGUGGCUCCAAAGUCUCUCGAUCUUCCACUAUGGAUUUGAAGCCCUCAUUGUCAACGAGGUCACCUUCCUCACCCUGAUCGAUCACAAAUAUGGUCUCGACAUCGAGGUACCUGGUGCAUCGAUCCUGAGUGCCUUUGGAUUCGACACCUUGGCCUAUUGGUACGAUGUUGCGGGUCUGGCCGUGUUCUCCGGGGCCUUUAUUAUCAUUGCAUAUGCAGCGAUGCACUUCCUGCUCGUCGAGAAGCGUUAG